GAAGAUAUGCGUCACUUAACUCACCAUCUAAAACAACGUUGUAACGUGGUUACAUUCAAAUCCUUCAGCUUUUCCAACUUAGCAGAGCAAAACACCCCAUCUCUUCAAUACCGUAGAAAAGGGCGCGUUUUAGCCCACCUCUUACAACUCCCCGUAACAGAGAAUUCUAUCCGUGGUUUGUGCUGUGAACAAGUUCACGCUCAAGUUAUCGUUAAUGGGUUGCAGUCUGAUACGUUUCUUGGGAACCUUAUGUUGCAUAAGUAUUCGAAACGGAAAAAUUUGGGUUAUGCUUGUAAUUUGUUUGAUAAAAUGGGUGAGAGGAAUUUAAUUUCUUGGUCUUCAAUGGUUUCUAUGUAUACGCAAUCAGGGUAUCAUGAACAAUCUUUGGUGCUAUUUAUUGGGUUCUUGAAGAGUGGUGAUGGACGGCCGAACGAGUAUAUUUUGGCGAGUGUUGUACGCGCGUGCACGCAGUUGAGUGGGGGCAGUUGGGGCUGUGAUUUGGGUGAGCAAAUUCAUGGUUUUGUUGUUAAGAGUGGUUUUGAUCAAGAUGUUUAUGUGGGCACUUCGUUGGUUGAUUUUUAUGCGAAGAGUGGGAGUAUAGAUAAUGCGAAAAUGGUUUUUGAUUGUUUAGUGGUGAAAAGUGAUGUUACUUGGACUACAAUAAUUAGUGGGUAUGUGAAAAGUGGGAGGAGUGAUGUGUCAUUGAAGUUGUUUAGUGAAAUGAGAGAGACUGAUGUUGUUCCUGAUAGAUAUGUGCUGUCAAGUGUGUUGAGUGCUUGCUCGAUGCUUGAGUUUGUUGAGGGUGGGAAGCAGAUUCAUGCUCAUGUGUUGAGGAGAGGAACAGAAAUGGAUGUUUCAGUGGUUAAUGUGCUGAUAGAUUUUUACACGAAGUGUGGGAGGGUGAAAAUUGCUAGGAGGCUUUUUGAUGAGAUGGUAGUUAAGAAUGUUAUUACAUGGACCACAAUGGUUGCCGGCUACAUGCAGAAUGCAUUUGAUAGGGAAGCCAUGAAACUGUUUUCAGAAAUGACAAGAUCGGGCUGGAAGCCUGAUAACUUUGCUUGCACAAGUGUUCUCACGUCAUGCGGUUCACUUGUUGCUUUAGAGCAGGGAAGACAAGUGCAUGCUUACUCCAUCAAGGCCAAUCUCGAGUUUGACAAUUUUGUUAAAAAUGGUUUGAUUGAUAUGUAUGCAAAAUGUGAUUCCUUGGCUGAUGCUAGAGGAGUUUUCAAUAUAAUGGAUGAUCACAAUGUGGUGUCUUAUAAUGCAAUGAUUGAAGGAUACUCAAAACAAGAGAAGCUGUCUGAAGCAUUGGAUCUUUUCCAUGAGAUGAGGCUUAAUGUCGUCCCCCCUAGCCUUUUGACAUUUGUUAGUAUCCUUGGUCUAUCAGCUGCAUUGUGUACCUUGGAAUUGAGCAGGCAAAUUCAUGUUCUCAUCAUCAAGUAUGGAGUUUCUUUAGACUUAUUUGCUGGAAGUGCUCUGAUAGAUGUUUAUUCCAAGUGUUCUUGUGUUAAAGAUGCAAGAAUGAUAUUUGAGGAGAUGAAUGAGAAAGAUAUUGUUGUGUGGAAUGCUAUGCUUUUUGGUUACACCCAACAGUCAGAAAAUGAAGAGGCUCUCAAACUCUACUUAGAACUACAAUUGUCGAGACAAAGACCUAAUGAAUUUACUUUUGCUGCUCUAAUAACAGCAGCUAGUAACCUAGCAAGUCUCCAACAUGGUCAACAGUUCCAUAGCCACCUGAUUAAGCUUGGUCUGGACUUUGAUCCGUUUGUCACAAAUGCACUUAUAGAUAUGUAUGCUAAGUGUGGGAGCUUUGCAGAGGCUCAUAAAACUUUUAGUUCCACAAUUUGGAAAGAUGUCGCUUGUUGGAAUUCCAUGAUCUCAACAUAUGCACAUCACGGAGAAGCCAAAGAAUCUCUUUUGUUGUUUGAAGAAAUGAUAAAGGAAGGACUAAAACCCAACUAUGUCACAUUUGUGGGUGUGCUCUCAGCAUGUAGCCAUGCUGGACUUGUCGACGAAGGACUCCAUCACUUCGAAUCAAUGGCUGGAUUUGGAAUUGAACCAGGGACAGAACAUUAUGCUUGUGUAGUUUCUUUAUUGGGCCGUGCUGGUAAACUACACGAGGCUAUGGAAUUUAUUGAGAAAAUGCCCAUAGAACCAGCAGCAGUUGUAUGGAGAAGUUUGCUCAGUGCUUGUAGAACUUCUGGUAAUGUUGAACUGGGGAAAUAUGCUGCAGAGAUGGCAAUAUCCAUUGAUCCAACGGAUAGUGGCUCAUAUACUUUACUAUCAAAUAUUUUCGCAUGUAAAGGUAUGUGGGCAGAUGUCAAGAGCGUGAGAGAGAGAAUGGACUCUGAUGGGGUAAUGAAAGAACCUGGUCGUAGUUGGAUAGAAUUGAACAAUGAGGUCCAUGCAUUUAUUGCCAGAGACAAAACUCAUUGCGAGGCUGAUCUUACAUAUUCAGUUUUGGACAAUUUGAUUUCGCAAAUUAAGGGAAUUGGCUAUGUGCCUGAUACUACUAUUCUUCUAUUGAAUGACUAAGGAAGCAUAGCAUAAGGAAACCAAAAUUAGCUUGAUUUAUUGACUGAUAAAUAUGCAAUUGGAACAGCUUACUACUCGAUGUAGAAUGCGGAAAUGUUCGCUGGUGCAUUAACUUGGUUUUACUGCAAAGCAAGUUACAAUGGAAGCUGAAAUGCCAAGGUAAUGCAUUAGCUUAGACAGUUUGAAUACGUAGCAACUGAGACUUUGUCAUGAGAUGCAUAAUCUUUGGACAUCAGUCAUUGAACUGGAAACAUCAUGGAAAAUAGAUGUACAGAAUUUUCGAAAGACUUAAUGCAUCUCUUGGUUCUUGGAUAGUACAAGAAGAAAAUCAAAUUUCAAGUUGGUGAAAACAUAAGGCAAAGGAAGAAUAUUUGGAAUAUUUGGUAACCGCAGACCUUGUAGAUUAUUUAUUCCUUUUCUUAAACCUAAAAAUCUUAAUAAAAGAGAAGUAUAAGCGAGAUAGGCAGUAACUAGUACUGUCCUGCAUCUCCGAAUACAUUUUAAUUUCAAUUGGAACGAUCAUCUCUUUUGAGCACAAGUUGAACUCUGAUCUGAUACCUUCAAUUUGUUUAUUCACCUCUCUUCUGAAGAUUGAUUGAGCAAGCCUCAGAUUGAGCAAGCUGAACUUCAGGAAUUGAUCAAAUUCCUUCACCUAAGAACCAGUGGUCUGUGCUAUGCCCCUACAUACAACAGCCAAAGCAAGAGAGGAAAGCAUGAUUCGCGGUGGAGGAGCUGGCAUCAAAGACGGCCUUACGGCUACAGUUGCAUCAGGGUGCUAGUAAAAAGCAACCUUCAACACUUCAUGGCCAAGCAAUUGCUUGAGGAGAUUCUUAAGUUGGUGGUCCAACCACGUGAGUUGGGCUAAGUUGUGCUCAUAUAAACUUACAGCCUGCAACUUCGCUGAGUCACACCAUGGAAUUGAGAGCUCCAAGUGGAUCAUUUUUGGUUAGUAGAACUAAGGA